CUCCCCCACGUAUCGAUCAUGCCCUCAGCAAGAUCAAGUGCACGUUCGAUCUCGACGUCGCCUUGAUCGAUCGAUGCGGUCGCCGGCAAUGGCGGCGCUCUUCGAGGCCGCGGAGACGGCGGCCAUCGUGGCUGCGCUGACGCGCGUCAUUGCCGACGGCGGGCGUGGAGGCAGCGGCGCCGGCGUGCCGCCGCCCGCGCCAUCGUUGGUGGUGCCGCCGCUGGCGGGAACGGGCGGCGGGCGGCGCGUCGACGUUGCGCGGGAGGAGGAGAUGGUCGGCGUCGUCUCCGCGGGAGAUCACACCGGCGAGGCAAGCGUGGCCGCGGCGGGGGUGGUGGUGGCGGCGCCGGCGACAGCGCGCAGGUACCGCGGGGUGAGGCGGCGGCCGUGGGGCAAGUGGGCGGCGGAGAUCAGGGACCCGAGGAAGGCGGCGCGCGUCUGGCUGGGCACCUUCCGCACCACCGAGGACGCGGCGCGCGCCUACGACGCCGCCGUGCUCCGCUUCCGCGGGCGCCGCGCCAAGCUCAACUUCCCCGAGGAGGCGUCCCGCCCGCGCCGCCCGUGGAAGGGUCACGACGUCGAUCACAUGUCCUGCUCGCCACCAUCGAUCGCGAACGCUCGCUUUCUGGGUUCGUGGAUCUUCGGACCUCCGCCGCCGUCGCGGUCCGUCGCGGCGGCGACAACGACUCUGCUUGGUGGGAGCCAUGGAAGCAACGGAGCAGAUAAUGGGAGGGAAUAGCGGGACAAAAAGGGCGGGAGAGAUGGGAAUCGUCGUCCCGGGUACUCUCUAGUCCACAUAACUAGACUAGAUUAGCAUUUCGUUUUGUUUCGACGUAUUUAUUUUGUUUUAAGAUGUUGGUGUAGCUUUUUUUUCUUCUUCUUUUCGUUCUUCUUGGAUAAUGCUGCUGCAUUUUGUUUGAUAUUAUCGGUAGCACUGUUUGGUGAUGUUUUAAUAUAUUUCUAAAUAAAAGUUCCUUGUGUUUCUCUGUACAU